AUGGAUCGUUUAAGUGACCCUCAGGAAAAUCCGUUACGAAACCCACCGCGCGGAAACCCGGAUCGACCGAACGGCAAUCGCCAAGAAUGUCGAGCCGCGGCGGCUUGGCGGAGGGUACAGGCUGCUAUAUCGGAAAGUAGUGCGGAAUCUCCCACGGAACCUAAGUACCGCCGAAGUCAAAUGGAAGGCUUCGAGCGUAGGCUACAAAACCUACAGGAUCAAUUUGAAGGCAAGGUGAGGCCUUCCGCUGAGAAUCUAUUAACCUCCUUGCCCUUCGUGGAUGAAAUUAUGGAUUAUCGGGCUCCCGCGGACCUAAAAAUCCCGGAACAUGCUACUUUCGAUGGGACGGGGGAUCCCCGAGAACAUCUGGUCAGUUAUCAGGCCAAAAUGCAAGUCUUAGGGGUGGAAGAGCCACUUAUGUGCAAGGCUUUUCUCCCUACUCUCAAGGGACUCGCCCAAAAAUGGUUUUUGGCACUGCCAAGCCGUUCCAUUCGGUGCUUCAAUGAUUUGGCCGACCGAUUCCUUACUCAUUACGCCGUAAACAUCAAGCCACAGCGCAAUCUUACCCACCUGAGUGGGAUCAGUCAAGAUGAGGGAGAAGCUCUGAAGACGUAUCUGGCUCGCUGGCAAAAGGAGGUACAAACUAUCGAGGGGUUAGAUGAGCAAGUGGCUAUCACCUUUUUCAUGGAGUCGCUGCGAGCGGGCAAAUUGUUUAUUGAUCUUCACAAUGAUCGCCCAAAGACGUAUGUGGAGGCUAUCCAAAGAGCCAGUCGUCAAGCAGACACGGAAGAGGCUGUGAGACAAAAACGACAGCGAGAAGCUGCCGGGUCCAGCGCUAAGCGAUCACGACCUGAGUCCAGGAGUCGAACGGAACAUGAGCGCCCUAGUCGCACUAAGGUACGACGAGGAUCUGAGAGGGUGGGGGCUCCGCCCCCUCGCCUUACCGUGGCCCAACCCGUGCAUGAGGUAAAAGAUACCUUACCUCCCCCUCCGCCUCUAAAACCUGGAGAUCAGCCCGAGAUCUUGCCUCUGGGAGGGGUCUUGUCGAAAUAUUGUCGAUAUCACCGAUCGACUACACAUACCACGGAGGAAUGUUUUUACCUGCUCAAAGAAAUAGAGGCCAUGAUACAGAAGGGUGCUCCACCUCCACCUAAUCAAUGGAGGCGGCAUCCGCGUUCCGAUAAAAUAGAUUCGCGCUCCGAUCGAGGAAAACAACCCGCCUCUGAGGAAGAGGAGACUAAUUGGAAGCACAAACCUGUUAUCAACAUGAUAGUAGGAGGACCGGAAGGAGGGGACUCAUCCGGUUCUCGAAAAGCUUGGGCUCGGCAACUAUAUGUGGGGACCAUCUACGGUCGGGACGACAGUCUAAAAAAGGUAUGUCGAGAACCCAUUUUGUUUACUGAUGAGGACUUACCCCGAAGCCAACACCCCCAUCGGGAUGCUUUGGUUAUUGCCAUGGACGUCCAUGGCACGGUAGUCCGAAGAGUCCUAGUGGACACAGGGAGUAGCGUGAACAUCUUGUAUCUAGAGGUGUUUGAGAGGCUGGGGUUACAACGUAACAAGCUAAAACCUGUGAAAACACCUUUGGCCGGUUUUACCGGGGACUCAAUCGAGUCAGAGGGAUCCAUAUGUUUGCCGGUUGAAAUCGGGACCUUUCCCAACCUUCGAAGCAUAGACAUGGAAUUUGUGGUAGUCGACCUAUCAUGCUCUCAUAAUAUGAUUCUAGGGCGACCUAGAUUAGAAGAUCUGGGUGCUCUCAUCUCCCUCGAACAUCUUUGUCUGAAAUUCCUGACUCCCAAUGGGAUCGGAGUCGCUCGGUGCGACCAGAAGGCAGCUCGGGAUUGUUAUUUACAGUCCUGCCGAGAGAUUGGGAAAAAGGACCUGAGGAUUCACGCUAUCACUAGUCGGGAGGAACAGUUAAAGAGUCUUGACCGACCCGAGCCGGCGGUAGAACUAGAAGAAAUUGAGAUUGACCCUUCGCGCCCUGAGAGACGGGUAAAGAUCGGAGUGGGUUUGGCUGAGAAAGUCAAACAAGAAAUCAUUCAGGAAUUGCAAAAAUAUCAGAAGGUAUUUGCAUGGGGCCCUGAAGACAUGCCGGGAGUUGACCGGUCGGUCAUUUGCCACCGACUGGCAGUCAACCCUAACCACAAACCCGUGAUUCAGAAGAAAAGAUACCUCUCGGGGGAUCGACGAGAAUUCGUUAAGAAGGAGGUGGAAACCUUGAUGGUUGCGCAGCAUAUCCGCGAGGUAAAGUACCCGGACUGGCUUGCCAACGUAGUGCUUGUGCCGAAGCCUCCCGCUUGGUGA